AUGUUACAAAGCACAGGUAUACCUGCUGCUGCUGCAACGAUCGGGCACCCUCCUGUUGCUGGAGUGAAGUAUGCCUCCGAUUCGGAUAAGCUACUGAAUCUCGUACGUCCGAAGAGAGCUGGGGGCUGCAUGAGAGCCGAAAUUACAGAAGAUGCCUGCGAAAUGCUUGGUCUUCCCGUCGCCCAACAUGGUCCCACACAGACCAACUUUCUAAUGGUUAAAAAACGUCUGAAAGUAGUGGUUGUUGUCCAGUUGUGCGCCAUGACUUAG